UUCCGGGCCGCAGCGGGAUGGCGCCGACGCUCUUGGACCUGGCCCACUGGAGCACCUGGGCAGUGUGCACGGUGAUCAAGGUGCCGCAGCUGGCGGCGGUGCUGGCGGCCAGGUCGGCGCGGGGGGUCAGCGUGGGCAGCCUGCUGUUGGAGCUGGCCGGCUUCCUUGUGUUUCUGAGGUACCAGAUCUAUUAUGGUUACCCUCUGCAGACAUACCUGGAAUAUCCCAUCAUCAUUGCACAAGAUGUCAUUCUCCUUUGGCUUAUUCUGCAUUUCAGUGGGAACACGAAAGGAGCUUUGUUCUAUGCAGUCAUAUUCUGGGGGGGCUGGUACAUGCUAACACUGCAGAAGUGGAUAAUAGACCUGGCUAUGAAUCUCUGCACAUUCAUCAGUGCAGCCAGUAAGGUGGCUCAGCUGCGGUGCCUCUGGCAGACAAAAGAGUCUGGACAAGUGAGCGCCUUGACCUGGACUAUGUCUGCAUAUACCUGCGCAACCAGAAUAUUUACAACUGUAAUGACUACGAAUGAUCUUGUAGUUCUCAUCCGCUUCAUAACCAUGCUCAUUCUCAAUAUCUGGGUCACAGCCACAAUCCUCCACUACAGGAAAACUAAAAAGACUGAUUAGAAGACACUCAUCAGCACACAACAUAGUUACCAUCAAAAAAAACCCCAAUGCAAUUAAACUUAGCAAAGGUUGAGAGGACACUCUCUCUCCUC